AUGCCUCCAAACUGUGAACUUAGCCGUCAACAUAGCAUUGUGGUGCUCACAGAGAAGGAAGUCCGUGAAUUGGCCGCGAAACAAAAACUCGCCGAACCCUUCGAAUGUGAGGAUCAGACGGUCGGAUGUUUGUGUGCGGGAAAGACGAGAUUCCUGGUGCUCUUCGUCUCCAUGAUCUGCAUGUCCAUGGUGGUUGCGAAUUCGCUGUCGUUGAAUUUUACAGUAAUCUGCAUGACCAAGAGUGGGCACGAAGAGCCCGCCAAUGAAACAUGGGCACAUGGUAGGUCAAAUUUUUUUCAUUAUUGAUUUUUGGGAAUUUUUUUGGUCCCUUUUUACAGCAAACUGCGGCGGUCUUUGAAAUUUCAGGUUUUCGUGGUGGGACCUCAAAUUUAAUUUUUUUCGUAGAAUAACUUUAAAAUUAUUCUGCAAGUAAUCUCCAAUGUUCUCAAACGCUUUUGAGUGUUUUUUCGAAAAUUCAGGUUUUCGUGGUGAGACCCAAAAUAAAAUUUUUUUCUCAUAAGUUUGACCAAACUUUUGCGUCGAUUUCUUGACAAGUUCUCUCAACUGUUUUUGCCUACACCCACAAAAUGAUUAUUAUUUUUUAAUUACAAAACACACGUUUGCCUUCUUUAUUACAACAAAACUCAGAACUUGACGGAAUUCCCCUACCGUAAAAACAGAAAGCGCAAAGAAAUUGGGCUACCCCCACAAUUCCACAAUCAAUCCGUCAUUUUCUUGCUACUUUACAGCCGCGGGAUGGGAUCCUGACCUUUUGGUGGAUGGUUAAGAAAUGAAAAAUUUGCGCCCUGAUCGGCAAAGUUCAUACUUUUGAUCGAAAACGGUACUAUUGAAGUUCAAAAGGGCUUUCACAAUUGACUGAAGAUCAUCGAGACUAAUUUGAAGUUCCAAACAACCAAAAAAUAAAAAAAAAAUGUGAAUAAAAAUUUGUUUUUGGGUCCCACCACGAAAACUUGAAAUCUCAAAAAUCGGUAUAUAGGCGCUUAAUGGAGUCUUUUACGCGACUUUUGUGAUUAAAAAGUUUAUUUGGCAAGAAAUUUCACAUUUUUUGACGAUUUUGGGUCCUGCCACGAAAACCCUGAAGAUCAGGAGAAGUGCGUUUUUACCUAAAAAACGGCCUUUCUACCGCUCUAAAGCAAUGACAAAGUGAUAAAAAAUUAUUUUCAGAACGCGAUGACUUCAUUUUCUCGGACAAUCAACGGAAUUGGCUGUUUUCAAUUAUUGCCGUAGGCACAAUAUGCGGCGCUUUCCCAUUCUUCUUCAUGGCCGGCCGAAUUGGAAUCAGACUGAGCUUUGUUUUGUACGGAUGCAUCUCCGGACUCUCGACUUUGGCCAUCCCAUAUGCUGUUCAGUACGGAUUCCCGUAUGUGUUGGCAAUGCGAUUUUUACAGGUAAGAGUGGGGGAAUUUGUGUUGUAAAGUUUUGGAAAUGCCAGUUUAAAAUUUUUUCAGACGUUCAAAAAUUUUUUGAAUUUUUUCAGGGGCUUUUUAUUAUCAUUUUUUUUGCACUGUGCGAGAAAAAUUUUUUUUUUUGCACUGUGCGAGAAAACCAAAAAUUUUUUCGUACCGUGCGAUAAAACCAAAAAUUUCUUGCACUGUGCGAGAAAACUAAGAAUUUUUUUGCACUGUGCGAUGAAACCAAAAAUUUUUUUGCACUGUGCGAAAAACCCAAAAUUUUUUUGCACUGUGCGAUAAAACCAAAAUUUUUUGCACUGUGCAAAAAACCCAAAUUUUUUUCUGCACCGUGCAAAAAAACCAAAAUUUUUGCACAGUGCGAUAAAACCAAAAAUUUUUGCACUAUGCGGAAAGAAAUAUUUCAAAAUCGAAAAAAUUUUUAUUCAAAAAAAAUUUCAGGGUCUCUCACUAGCAGCCCUCUGGCCUUCAACCGGCUCCAUAACCACGGAAUGGUCGACAACAAAGCGUUCCGGGACCUAUAUUGCCAUUCUCUCCUGCCAUCUUCAGAUCGGCCCCGUUCUCACAAUGCCAAUCGCCGGUGAGCUGUGCUCCUCGCCGCUUGGCUGGCCCGCCGUUUACUACUUUUUGGGCGCCGCGACACUCCUUCUGGUCAGCGUUUUCGCCCUCUUCUACCGCGAUUCCCCCGGCAAGCAUCGUUGUGUGGGCCCCACCGAAAGAAUGGUCCUCCAGAAGGGGAAAAUCGUCCAAAUCGCGGAGGAAAACCGGCCAAAGGUCCCGUUUUUGGCGAUUUUCACGGACAAAGCGGUCCUCGGAUGCUUGUUUACGACGUUUGGAGGGAAUCUGGGAUAUCAGAUUCUGAAUCAAUAUUCCGCUUUCUUCUUGAAUACAGUCAUCAAAUUCGAUGUGAAAAAGACGGGAUUCAUCACGGCGCUGCCUUUUUUGUUGGCCAUCAUGUUCAAGGUGAGAUUUAUUUUUUGGAAAUUUUUUUUUGAAAUUUUUAAAAAUUUUCCCUCAAAAAAUCAGUUUUUUCAAAAAAAUUUUUUCCAGGUUGCCGCCGGCCCCAUCAGCGAUAAAAUGCCGUAUUUUGGGCCCAGAGGCCGAGUGAUUAUUUUCGCCUCGAUCUCUCAUUUUGUCAUGUCCGGCGCCUUCAUUUGCCUGGCUUUUGUCGAUGAACACACACAAUUGCUCGCCCAGAUCAUCUUUACGGUCGCUGUGACCUUCAGUGGACUGAAUGCGAUGGGAAAUAUUAAGAGCUUGCAACUGGUAAGGGUUUACAGGGAUUUUGGGGGAAUUCAGGUUUUCGUGGUGAGACCCAAAUUUUUGUUUAAUUUCCUUAUAAGCAAAAUUUUUGAUGCUUUUUGUGAAAGACAGUUUUUAUUAGAACGUUAACAUAAUUUCUGAACGAUUUUAUGACCAUUUUAGGAAUUUCAAGUUUUCGCUGUGGGACCUAAAAAUUUUAGUUUUUUCUUUUUCAGAUCUCCGGACCAUUCGUAUACGUUUUGAUGGCCACUGUAACGUUGAGCAGCUCCAUUUGCAUCUUGAUCUUACCCUUUAUUGUUGAAUUUAUGGCUCCAAAUAACACACCGCAAGAAGUAAGAUUUUGAGAUUUUUACCACAAAAAGUGUCAUAGAGAUACUUUAAAGCUAGAAAAAUAUUGCUUAGAAGGCUAGAUUUUUUUCGCCUUCGAUUUUCAAAAUUUUUCGAUAGGUGACAUUUUAUACGAAAAAAAAAUUUUUUGGAAAAUUUCGAAAAAAUCGGUCAAAAAAACAGCGAAAAAAAUCUUGUGACUAACUGUUAACGGGAGUUUUUUCGGAUUUUUCAAUUUUGCUUGAUUUGGCGACAUUUUAUACGAAACUUUUUUUCUUUCGUGUAAAAUGUCACCUUGCCAAUUUUUGCCAAUUUUAAUCCCCAUUUUAUUCCUUACUCUUUCAGUGGUCCCAAAUGUGGAUAUGCUUUGGCUCCUUUAUCAUCCUCUCCACUCUCGUUUUCAAUUGUGUGGCCGAAGCCGAGCCCCGUCCCUGGGCCAUGGGCAAGAAGUCGCAUUCGCCCAACAAGAUCGCGCCCGUACAGAUCGAUGUGGCCGAGCUGGGUCAAACCCACAAACUGGAUGAGGCCCUCGAACGCCGCAGGGCCUCGUUCUCCUCGUCCAGCGAUGAGGACAGCGGGAACGACUCGAUUCAUGACGAUUGUGCGGACAUCUUGCCGCAGAGAAAACGCGAGUCGAGGAAGUCGAAAAAAGAAAAAGCGGAUCAGUAA